AUGGACAAUAGUGAAAUAAAAGUUAUUUUAUCCGAGAGAGGAAAAGAAUUAGCCAAUGUUGGUACUUUUAAGUACAGAUUUAUUGGAUCGAUUAAAAAAGGCGAGUUAUUAAAAUGGCGAUGCACAAAAAAUAAUUGUACAGCUAUGAUUUAUUCUGGACCAGAUAAAAAUAUCGUUAUUAAAUCAAGUGGACAACAUAAACAUAAAGGAAAUUCACCUAAUAAAUUAGAAAGGCAAGUAUUACGUGAAAAUUGUAAAAGACGUGUUGAAGAGUCACUAUCAACUCAACCUUUAAAGUUGAUUAGAAGUGAACUUUUAAAUAAACAAUCUUCAAUUGUUCAUAAAGAUUUAAAAACGGUUCGUAAAGCUAUGUACGAUAGACGACGAAAAGUACUUCCCAAAUUGCCUAAGUCACCGGAAGACGUUUUUUUACAGUUGAAUUUAAUGAAAACUCAAGAUGAUUUUAAGUUUCGUGGACAACCAUUCAUACAUAUUCCCGAAGACAAUAGUUUUGUAUGCAUUACUUCUGAUUUCAACCUACUAUUUAUGAUUAAGCAUGAUUGUAUUGAUUUUUUCGCCGAUGGUACAUUUAAUUACUCACCCAAAUAUUUUGAACAACUAUAUACUAUUCAUGGAUAUAAAAAUGGCUAUUAUUUGCCGUUGGUUUAUUUUUUUUUAUUUAAAAAAUCAAAAGAUACAUAUAAAAAAAUGUGGAUAUUCCUACAAAACUUAUGUGUUGAAUAUACAGGAAGUCAGUUCAUAUUAAAAAAAUUACACGUUGACUUUGAAAAGGCAGCCCACCAAGCCGCGUAUGAAGUUUUUGAAAAUGUACAAUUAAUAGCUUGUCGAUUUCAUUUAGGACAAUCAUGGUGGCGAAAAAUAAACAGCGAUUCUAUUCUCAGAAUAGCCUAUAAAAAAGAAAACGACGAACUAGGAAAUUGGCUUAAGAGUUUUUUUGGGUUAGCUUUUUUACCUAAUCAUGAAGUAGCCGAUGCAUUCGUCGAACUCAUGAGUGUCUGCCCAAAUGAUAAAGUUUGCUCAGAAUUUAGCGAUUAUGUUUUCAAUAAUUAUAUAGAUGAUGAAUCUCCAUUUCCCCCAAAUAUAUGGGCUAAAGAACCUAUGUUUGAUCCAAGGACAACCAACGCUGUUGAAAGUUUUCAUAGAACUUACAAUUCGCAAUUUUAUAAGUCUCACCCACACAUACACUUGGUAAUUAUGGUUUUACAAGAAACGCAAGCUGAAACGAUGACAAAAAUUCGGUCAAUUGAAACCGACAGUUAUAAAAGUAUGAGCUUUAUUGAAAUGCAAAAAAUUAAUGCAACUAUAAUGGCUUACGAUGAAUAUUUAAGAAAUAAAUGUUCUAAAGAUUUACUAAAAUAUUUAUUAAAAGUGGGAAACAAGUAUUUAGGGAUACCACUUUAA